CUUUCUCAUCCAUUCACUGGCAGGCGGUUUCUUCUCCUCAUCACCGCCGCCCGGCCACUGUUUCCGCACGGGAUUCCUCACCACUGUCGCCGCCCCUGCCGGAUCUCAUCUCAUAUCCCUUUUCACUGCUGCCGCCGGAUCUCAUCUCAUCCUCACCAUUGUCGCCGGUUCGUUUCCGUUUGGAGACUCGGAUCCGAGUCUUCUUCGCGCAGCCACCACCAGAGUUCCCUCCCGGAUUCGGGAGCCAUCUUCUCCGCUCCACAGCCCUCUCCCGAUUGGGAGACGGGUUGCCGCCGGCAUUUCUAUCCACCGGAGUUCUCAGCCGAUUGGAGAUCUCCACUCGCUCAGCCACCACUACCGAGGAACUCUUCCUCGAUGGCUGCUCAUUUUGUGACUCCGCUUCCGCUGCCUCCCUCUCCUACUCACCUCCGCCUCCCUCUCUCUCCCACCGCCUCCUCCUCCCUCCCUCCUAUCCAUAACUCUUCCCCUCGGGAUCUGGUCUCAUGGACCUCAGCCAUGGCUCGCCAUGCCCGCCGCGGAUGCCUCCUCGACGCUUCCCACACCUUCGGCGCCAUGCUUUCCGCCGGCGUCGAGCCUAAUUACGUCACACUUGUCGCCCUCGUCUCCGCCUGCGCCGACUUCCCCUCUUCUCCCUUUGCCCUCUCUCUCGGUCUCGCCAUACAUGCUCAGGCCCUAAAGCGCCGCCGACUGGAUGAUGCUUCCGAGGAGCUCGUUGUCUUCGGCACUGCCCUCAAUAUGUACGCCAAGUGCGGUAACCCACACAUCGCACGUGAGGUGUUCGACCGAAUGCCUGUGCGGAACUCAGUUUCGUUCAACACCAUGAUCGCAGGGUAUAUGCGCAACAACAAGGUUGGCAGUGCGUUGUCGUUGUUUGACAGAAUGCCAGAGAAAGAUAAGGUUUCUUGGACCGUGGUUAUCAAUGGAUGCGUCAAAAAUGAUCUGCUCGAGGAGGCAUUGGAUUACUUCCGAGCAAUGCAGCUCCACCAGAUUGACGCCGAUUAUGUGACAAUCCUUGCGGUCAUUGCAGCUUGCACUGGUUUGGGAACUCUGAAUCACGCCCUCUGGAUUCAUCGCUACAUCAAGAACCAUGGUUUGUCAGGUAAUAUUAGGCUGGCCAAUUCCCUCAUUGACAUGUACUCCAAGUGUGGCUGCGUAGAUUUUGCACACCAAGUGUUUGAAAGAAUAUUGGAUAGAACCCUUGUCUCAUGGAAUUCAAUGAUUGUCUGUUUUGCGGUGAAUGGUCGUUGCCGUGAGGCUAUUGAGCAUUUUGAAUUGAUGCAGAGGAAAGGAUUCGAGCCUGAUGGAGUCAGUUUUACAGGGCUGCUUACUGCUUGUAGCCAUGCUGGUUUGGUGGAUGAAGGCCUCAUGUUUUAUGAGACAUUGAAGGCGAGUUACAAUUUACAACCGACAGUUGAGCAUUAUGGUUGUUUGGUAGAUUUGCUCAGUCGAGCAGGGAGGCUUGAGGAAGCGAUGAGUGUGGUUGAGAGCAUGCCAUUCCAGCCAAAUGAAGUGAUCUUCUCCUCACUUCUUGGUGCUUGCAGGGUGUACGGUCACAUCGAAUUGGCGGAGAGGGUAACAAAAUACAUGCUGCAGUUGGAUCCAGAAUGUGAUUCGAAUUACAUUCUUCUCUCAAAUACUUAUGCUGCAUUUGGGUGGUGGGAUGGAGCCAGUGAAAUCCGGAACAUGAUGAAGGCUAUCGGAGUGAAGAAGACACCUGGUUUCAGCAACAUUGAGAUAGAUUGUGAAAUCCAUGAGUUUGUAGCUGGAGAUAAAAGCCACCCUCAAUUUGAUAACAUUUAUGCCAUGCUAAACCUUCUUCAUUGUGAGAUGGAAAUCUGUAGUUAUAACCAAAAGAGUACUAAAGUUCUUACAGAUGACUGAUUAAUUUCACAAAAUUUUGCUCGUGGUUUAUGUAUCGGAGCAACAUAGAAAGUUUGGUGGGAGUUUUGCAACUCGUUAGAGGCGUCAUAACUUUUGCAACUCAUCAGGCUGAUUGAAUUGGAAGAGUUCUAUUUUGGAGUUUGGUUGAGCUAAGAUGUAAGUCAGUCAGGUUGUUUGGUGUGAUUCCAUGGCCUGCCCAACUAAAUAGCUUCAUAGAAGGGUCUCAUUCAUAUGGUAUUGUUGCGAGGGAAAAUAUUUAAACCCAAAUUGAGCCUUUUGUAAUAUAUGCCUUUUGCGAGCCUUUUGUAAACCUGAUGAAUUAACUCAGUGUUGCACACCCAAGAAUGUCUUCUAAUAUACUUCAUCAUCAACCUUGUACACUCUUGCCUUUGAACCAACAUGGACAACUACCUUACUGUGAAAUAAUGCCUUUCUCUUCUUGACAAUUUUUGAAAUCAGAGAUUCAGAUCUGGUAGGAGCUUAAAGCAUUGAAGAUGCCACAAGUUCUAGCAUUUCAGAAAUCCGGUUUAGAGCUUCAAGAGUGCUGUUCAGGAAUUCAAAUUAGGAUUCAAGGUUAAUAAGGCUUCAAAAACUUGAUGGCAAAAGAUAACUGAAUUGAUCCCUGACAUAGCUCCUGUUGUGCUGUUAGCACCAUUCUUCUCCAAUUCUAUACAAAGCUCAUCUCUUCUCAGCUCCACUUCCUUAUUUUUGUUAUAAACUGAAUCCAAUGUUUUUGUUCCAAUCUGAAAACAUUCCCCUCCUAUAGCUUUGCACACAUCCUUCCAAAUUGGCAUACAUUUGAAACAAGAUCAGUCAUUUCUGAAACUUAGAAAAUAACUCCAAAGAAUUUCAGAAUUGGAGCUGAAUUCUGAAUUCUUCUUUAAGAAUUCAGGAAACUUCCUUUUUCUCUCCUUUCUGAAUUUAGCCAUCUUCCGGAUUCAAAUUAGAGUUACAAAUUUCAUCAAGUAACUUCAAUUAAGAGUGUUAAUGCAUGCAGCCAUACCAUUCUGAUCUUGCUGAAUUUGAGGGCCACAUGAUGAUUGAUUUGGUGCUAUCGAAUUCUGCAUGAAUUUGAUUUCUGAAUGUGUUUCUGUUGGUAACUAAUCCUCAGGCAUUCCAAUUCUGAUUUCAGAAGUCCAAAUUCAAAUCUUACAUCAACUUCAUACCAUAUUCAGAAAAAUAGAAUUCCUGCAUUGAAUCGUUUCAGAGCCUAAUUCCAGAAUUCUGAAAGUUUCAGAAUUCAGAUUCUUGAGUUUGAUAGGUUUUGAAUCACACGGAAAAUUGAGAGGAUAACACCAAAUGACAUUUGAAGAAUAGAACUUUCUUUUGAGGUUGUCACUAAUCAGAAUUGCAGUUUUUUUUUUCUGUAAUCUGUAAUGCAUUUCCCUGCUUUUCCACGUCCAGGUAUCACAUUGUCUCCCUUGUUAAUCAAGUUCACUUCAUUGGUAAGAAGGUUUUGAAUCUUCUCCAAUGUUAGGCACUUAACUAACAAAUUCUAACACUUAACUUCCAGAUUUACAACUCAACCUAACUCACUGAUUCAGAUUUCAGCCUCCUGAUUUCCAAACUGAUCACAGCCCUAUUUCCUGGGGUUUUCAAGAAUUGAACUUUCAAAGGGGUUGAGGAAAGUUUUCAACAUACAUCAAUGAGCCAGCAAAUGUUUUCAUUCAGAUUCUCAAUGAUCAAUAUCUUGUAACAGUCACUUGGGCACACAACCUAAGAGAGCUAAUACAUUAAGUGCAGAUUCCCGUUCUGUUUUUUUUUUUCCAUUCAUUUUCUUUCAGGUAACACUUCCCUUUUGCCAACUUGAAUUGCACUAACAAUACAUCAGUAGAGAACCAAAUCAAAUGCAGGAGCUCAACUCAAGUUGUUUACUGGUAAGGAACAGCAUACUCCACAGGUUCUGCUAUCCUGAAUUCACAGUUGGUUUUUUUUCUUCCAGAAUCAGGUUCCUAACUUCUGCCUUCAUACCAGAUUCAAGGAAUUUAGAAGGUUCAUCAUCUAGGAAACUAAAAGUUUGUUGCGUGAAGAGUUUUGCAAAGGAGAGAGUACUGAUCAACACUGAAUUGGACAGGGACAGGAACAGGUUUGCAAAGGAAGAAUUUCAGAAUUCUGAGCCUUAUGCAACAAGUGUCAAGUUAGUAUUUCAUCCCAUUUUAGAAUCAGAGAAUUCAUUCCACUUCUUGUAUCAGGAAUUCAAAGACCAACUGAGCAUUUGACCAAAAUUUCAGAACUUUCAGAUCCUGUCAAAUUCUGAAAGUUGCAUAUAUCAUUGAUUAAAUUCUGACAUUUCAUUCAAAAAAUCCUCUUAUUCAACAUUCAAAUGUAGAUCCGCUACAUUAACGGCCUCCUAGUGCCGACCCCACGGAUAUGGAGGGAGGUACAUGCAAGUACACAGACGUUAGGCGCAUGGUCAACUUCUCCCUUGUUCAACAUUCAAACUAAUGGAGAAGAUGGUCAACUUCUCCCUUCUUUCUCAGCAGCCACAGAGAUCAGGUUUAACAAAAGCAUUGGCACAAAGAUCAACAGCAGCCCUAUAAUCAAUCUUUCAACAGUUUUCUGCCUUGACAGAUUUCACAGAACAGAUUUCUAUUCAUGCUGCAAAAGGCGGGUUCCGCCGCCCAGCGGCCCCCUACGCCUGCCCCAUGGUAUUGUAGGAGGAAGGUAAAUCAGGGUAAAUGCUGGGUUGGCAAGUUGAUGGUUGUUCGAGGCUUUAAGCCAGCAGACGGGGAUAUUAUCCCACAUUGCAACUGGCGACAAUCGAACCGUCGCUCCAUGCUGCAAACAUACCAUCAACUUACCAACUGGAACAGAUUUCUAUUCAUGAAACAUGAACUCAUGGAGAAGUGAACUCUAAAUGACAUCACAAUACCUAGCUCAGUAUUUACUUAUCACUGCCCAAGAAAGGUUGGCACAAGCAUGUUGCAAUUGAUUCCAUUGAAUUGGUGUGUCAUGUUUUUUUUUCUUCUGAUACUGGAGCACCUUGA